AGUAAACAAAGCUGCCAUGAUGAAUCUAUUCAUUCAGAGCAUUUUACAGUGACAUCAUACAGAAAUCAAGAUUUGGAUUUCACAUCUACUUUUAAAAAGUAAAAAAGGUCUACCAUGGGGGUUGAUAUAGAAACUUAUCGAGGAAGAAUUGGCACUUUCAAGUUUGCUUCUGGAGUAGACGUCAUUAUUCUGCAAUGUACACUGAACUUCAGUGGGUGCUUGAAAGCGGUCGGAAGUCUUGUAUUUAUUGGCAUUCUCCUAUUUAUGGCAGGAAUAGAACAGAAUCCUGGACCUACUGAACAAGGUAACAGUUCUGCUGAAAAUAACAGCAUGGUUAGCUACAGUAGAAAAGAUUUGAAUCAACCGCCAUACAAGAAUUGGGUACGAGCUGCAACAGGAUUUAGAUAUUUGAAAUCAGGUCUUCAGACAUUUAUCAGUAGGCAACUUCAAGAGCAACACAGCAAUAUUUUAAGGAAAAUUGGACCUGCAGCUGUCAGGUGUACAUCUUGUACGACUGACAACUUACUGCCAGACCAUCCUUCACGUACAUGUAGAUGUCUUCAGAAAUUCAGAAAUAAGUGUUUUUGCAAAGAUCACCAUUCACGCAGAAAGUGUCCUAAUAACUUCUGCAGCAAGUUUUAUGAUGAAAUUAUAUUCAGUCAUGCAGAAGCCAACCCGCUUUGGUUUAAUGUUGACACAACAAGGUGGUAUGACAACUUCUUUGAGUUUGCAAAAUGCUUUGUGAGUACAACUGGGUAUAGAGAACAGCAUUCGGUGACAGAAAUGGAUGCUUUAGGCCUACUUUCUAUUGCUAUCAAUGACCUGCAUAUACAUGAUGCAAUAGACAAGUUGGAUCUCUUCGAAACGGCACGUGAAUCACGGCAUGAAAUAUUUCACACUAAAAGCUAUGAAGUUACAGAUGACCAACUGAACACAUACAUUGAGGAGAUGAUAGAUGUGCUUCAAGACACAAAAUGUCUAGCAAGUUAUCCAGAUGCACAACAAGCUGUAGAGGAACUUAAAAGGCUUAAGGCAAACCAGAUAUAUAUAAGUGAAGAAGAUGCGAGUGCAGUCAUGGAUAUAGCACUAGAAGCAAUAAGAGAAAGCAAACAUGAGGCCAUUAGUGAUAUAGAAAAUGCAAGAGCUUCAGCCAUCCAUGACAUUGAUUCCAGGCAAGACGGAAAACAAAUUGAUGAUGAAACAAGGUUAACCAAGAGACAAGAACUGCAAGCACACAUAAUUGAACACUAUGGGCGAUAUUACUCUACGAUUGAUGUUUCUCCUCUCGUUCGAAGUAAAGAAAUUGCUAUAGACGAACUGUAUACACCCCUUGUCAUCCUUAAUGAAAACCAGAAGAGGCAUUUCAAAGAAAUUGAACAUCUUUAUAUGCGAAGCACUUUUUUCUUAGAAGAAGAUAAGUAUGUUGACCGUUUUAUUAGAGGUAUAAGCGGAUACCAAUGCGAGGCAUUUUUCAAUAACGGCAAUAUGUUGCGUAAUGUGUUCCUGACUGGUGAAGCAGGAUUUGGGAAAACUACAUUGUGCAAAAAGCUUCUAUCUGUGUGGUGCAACAUGCACAAAAGUGAAGAACCCAGUAAACCUGCCCAGAUAUCAAUAGGACAAAAUUGGAAUCUGGACUUUUUUCAGUUUGUAUUUUACAUCUGUUUAAGGGACACAAAUAAAGAGAGCUCUCUAGAAGAAAUGGUUAAGAGACAAUUACUGCAUCCUAAAUAUCAUGACACUUUUGAAGAAAUACUUAAACAUGAGCCUGAGAAAUGUCUGUUUAUAUGUGAUGGUCUUGAUGAAUGGAAUCCUCCAGAGGAUAUGCCAAAAGAUCCAACAACGUCACUUCGAUUGCCUUUAAGAAACAGCAAGUCUAAUUAUGUGACAUUGUUUACUGCACGUUCUUGGAAAUUGGACAAUAUAAGACCUAAAUCAGGUGAAGUUGAUGCCAUGUUAGAUAUCAAACGAAUUGUCAGUUGCAGAGAGCUGAUAGCAAAGCUUUUGCGAUUGUUAAAUAAAACAUCAAACAAACAGGUCACUAUUGAUGCAUUCUUGGAUGAUGUGAGAAAAAGGGAAAAGUUGCAGUCGUUGAUGAAGACCCCAUUGGUCUUAAAAUUGAUAGUGUGUCUAUGGUAUGAGAAGCAGAUGCUGAACGAAUCAUUAAUCUGUGUAUACAGUGACAUAAUUGAAUUAUUUCUACAUCAUGCAACUGUAAGAAACAAUCGAGACCAUGAUUUCAAGAAUGAUGCACGUCAUACAUAUACAUGCAAAGCAGAUAUUUGCCCUUUUAUUGCAAAAGAUAGGCCAUAUAUUAGAGAAAAUUCUUACUUAUGAUUAAAGUUGUCAAAAUUCGCAUUUGAAACAUUAUUUUCUAAGGAUAAACAAACUAGGCUCAUCUUUAAAACAAGUGAUCUAUCCAGUUAUGGAAUUACUGACUCUGAAUUGAAUAUUUUACUGAAAAUUGGAGUUCUGUCACUUCACAUGGUGGCUGGCACUUCGGUGCUGGAAGAAGAAAAAGAAGUGGCAUUCAUUCAUUCAACAUUUCAGGAGUAUUUCGCUGCCUGUUAUAUAACUAGUAGGGAUGAUAUCGGAAUUGAAACAGUAUUAAGAAAUAGGUGCAUUUGCCUGCACGAUAUUAAGAAUUUGGAAACAUUUUUAGUUUUUGUAAGUUGCAUGAACCUAUCAAGUAUGCAUAGAAUUUCCAUUUUUAUGGCUGGUUUUGUGAAUGAUGAUACUCAUAGGUGGCACAGGCAAUUUGUUCUACCUCUUUUCUCUGAUUCAGCAGCUGAAAUCUCAGAUGUUUUAUUUACUUGUUUAAGAGAGGCAAAAUGUGUUCAUGAUACAGCUGUCAGAAUUAUAGUGAGUGACAUUCUUUACCCCAUUAAAGAAAGUGAACUGUUAAGGAAUGUCGAUUGCAAAGAGACUAAAUCAUUGGUCAUUAAAACCCAAGUUAUAGACACAAGUAUCUUAUCUUAUAUUAAGCAGUUAGAAACACUUAAAGACUUUUCUGUAGAACUACCAAUUCAGGAAACGUUACAGAUUAUGGAGUCAUCACAAGAAUCUCUAAAGUAUAUGUUUCUUAGAAAAGGGUUACAAACAUUGAAUAAUCAGUACCUUGCAGAAUUUCAUACCUUAAUUCAAAAUAUGCCCAAGCUGCAAUAUAUAGCUUUAGAAAAUGUUAUGUAUUUUAAAUCAAUGAUGGCCAUUGAUCAUUUUCUUAAAGCCUGUAGGGAAUAUAAACACUAUCUGCAUCGUGGUUGCUUCCGUGGGAUUUACUGCUCACCACAUUCAACAAAAUUGGAGGAAGAUGAAUAUUGUAGUAUAGUAA